CCGCCUUGUGCAACACAUCCUCUGUUCUGCGGCAAAGAUGGCGGCGUCAGAGGGGGCGCGCAGCGGCCGGACGACGUCGAAACCACUCUGAAUAGGUCCCGUUUAACGGAACCUCGCGGGUCGGGUACUAUUGAUCACUGCUCGGAUAAUAUCUGGGUCAGCCGGGUAGGGAGAGACGCUGUCACACGCCGGGGCUGUGAUUUUCUCGUUAAAGGCAGGGUGGGUGGGUUUCACACAUAGCUGCUAACGUUAGCUAAGGGGCUAGCCUAGCGAGCUAAUACGGGCUAGUCAGCGUUAGCUCGGCAGAAGGACUGCGGGGAGGGGGUUGAGGAAGAGUAUUCGGGCCAGGCCGCUCCAGCUUGGGGGAAUGUGAACCAGAGGUGCGCAGGGGGGUUUGCUCGCUUCGUCCCAAACGUCCUCACGCCAAACUACCGGGAUGGGACAGCAGGUAGGCCGCGUCGGUGAGGGUACAUCGGCCGGACUCCAGCCACCACAGCCCCACGCGCCCCAACCGCACCAAGGAAAGGGGAGCCGGGGGAGCGUCCCCGGGAGAAGACCCCGAGAACCCGGCAGUAGCACCGGGACACCGCCAGGCAGGGAAGGUGCAGUCAACGUGCCCGACCCAGGGAUCAAUAUAUUCACGAAGCAUUCGGAAGCUCUGACAGAGGCGGUGCGUUGGAGCUCCAAGGAAAACCUACUGGGGGCAGCCGAGAGCGACCCUAACCUCUUUGUUGCACUUUAUGACUUUGUCGCUAGUGGAGACAACACCCUCAGCAUCACCAAAGGUGAGAAGCUGCGUGUGCUGGGCUACAACCAGAAUGGAGAGUGGAGUGAAGUGCGGUCUAAGAACGGCCAGGGCUGGGUGCCCUCCAACUACAUCACACCAGUCAACAGUCUGGAGAAGCAUAGCUGGUACCACGGACCCGUUUCCCGCAGUGCUGCAGAGUACCUGCUCUCAUCCCUCAUAAAUGGCAGUUUUCUUGUCCGGGAAAGUGAGAGCAGCCCCGGACAACUGUCCAUAUCUCUGCGCUAUGAGGGCAGAGUGUACCACUACCGGAUCAAUACAGCCACUGAUGGAAAGGUGUACGUGACGUCUGAAAGCCGCUUUGCCACUCUGGCUGAGCUGGUCCACCACCACUCCACUGUGCCCGAUGGCCUGGUCACCACACUGCACUACCCCGCACCUAAAUGUAACAAGCCCACGGUGUACGGCGUGUCACCCAUCCAUGACAAGUGGGAGAUGGAGCGCACAGACAUCACCAUGAAGCACAAGCUGGGAGGAGGCCAGUACGGAGAGGUGUACGUGGGAGUGUGGAAGAAGUACAACCUCACAGUGGCUGUCAAAACACUAAAGGAAGACACUAUGGAAGUGGAAGAGUUUCUAAAAGAAGCAGCAGUUAUGAAAGAGGUUAAACACCCAAACCUCGUUCAGCUACUCGGUGUGUGUACAUUAGAGCCCCCGUUCUACAUUGUGACAGAGUACAUGCCACAUGGUAACCUGCUGGACUACUUGAGGGAGUGUGAGAAGGAGGAGGUGAAUGCUGUGGUGCUGCUCUACAUGGCCACACAGAUCUCCUCUGCCAUGGAAUACCUGGAGAAGAAAAACUUCAUUCAUAGGGAUCUUGCUGCGAGGAACUGCCUGGUCGGAGAAAAUCAUGUUGUGAAGGUGGCUGACUUCGGGUUGAGCCGUUUGAUGACUGGUGACACCUACACUGCCCAUGCUGGGGCUAAGUUUCCCAUCAAAUGGACUGCACCGGAGAGCCUCGCCUACAACACCUUCUCCAUCAAGUCUGAUGUCUGGGCUUUUGGAGUGCUGCUGUGGGAAAUCGCCACUUAUGGCAUGUCUCCAUACCCAGGCAUUGAUUUGUCUCAGGUCUACGAUCUCCUGGAGAAGGGUUAUCGCAUGGAGCAACCGGAAGGUUGCCCCCCAAAAGUUUAUGAACUAAUGAGGGCAUGCUGGCAGUGGAGCCCAUUAGAUCGGCCGUCGUUUGCAGAGAUCCACCAAGCCUUCGAAACAAUGUUCCACGACUCCAGCAUUUCUGAAGAGGUAGCAGAGGAGCUCUGUAAGACUUCUUCCUCUGGUCACUGCGGACCACUGCAUUCUUUUAGUCACGACAUGCCCCUGUUGCCUUCCAAAUCCCGCAUACUCCACAAGCACACAGAAAACAAGGAAAACAUCGAGGGUGGACUGGACGGGCGCAGCGACCACAGCACGCACAGUCACUCAGGCUGGGCCUCCACUUUACUAGGAGGGGACGGCCGAUCAGGAAGCUCCCCAGCUCUCCCCAGAAAGCAGCAGCCUCGAGACAAAUCUCCCGGCAACCUUUUAGACGACGCACAGGAUAUGGGCACAUUCACACGCGACCGCAAGACGGGCUUCUUUAGCUCCUUCAUCAAGAAGAAAUCCUCCUCCUCCUCCUCGUCUUCUCAGCUCCAACAGAACCUCCCGACGCCACCCAAGAGGAGCAGUUCUUUUCGGGAGAUGGAGACGCAGCCCCACAAGAAAUACGAGCCCACGGCUGAUUUCUGCGCUCCUCCUCCGGUGCCCCAGUCGGACGGUUUGGGUGGUUUUUCGCCCUCUCCUUCCCACUCCCACGGGGAACCUACCCAGACGCAGUCCCGCUGCUGUGGGGCCGCUUUUGGACAGAAACCGUCCGGUGGAGGCUUCGGUUCACAAGUGACAAGUGGCAGCAGUUGGGGUGGGCUGGCUGGCUUUUUUACCCCGAGACUCAUCAAAAAGACCCUAGGGUUACGGACAGGAAAGACGGCCUCUUCAGAGGAGAGUGGAAAUAUAGUUGGGGGACCUAAACCCUUCCCUAGGUCCAAUUCUACCUCCUCAAUGUCAUCUGGGCUGCCAGACCUAGAGCGUAUGGCUCUGACUUUACCCAGGAACCGUAGUGCUAAACCCCCUCUGGAAAGGACUUCCUCCACCACCUCCCAGCCGGAGAACGGGGCCGCACGCCCCUCAGAGACCCUGCUGAGGAGGAUGGACGAGGGGACGGCACAGAUCAGGGAAAGGCCCAAAGCCAAGCUACUACCCCGGGGAACUGCUGUAGGGAUGAGGGCGCCAGGGGUUGGGGGGGAGUUGGGGGAAUCGGACAGUCUGUCGCGGGUCAGGGAGGCUAGGGAGGAAAGCGGAGGACUGGACAGGCAGCAGAGUUGGUCGUCUCCCUCUAAAACGUCCGGCUCGAGUGCGUCGUCGGCCGCAACAGCCGCGCCAACUCACAACCACAAAGUCCCGGUUCUGAUCUCCCCCACACUGAAGCAUAGCCCGGCUGACGUGCACCUGGUCGGCCUGGACUCUCAGGGGAACCGCUUUAAACUGCUGUCCGAGCACCAGGCAGACCGGGACCGGCCACGACUUGUCAAGCCCAAGUGCGCUCCUCCCCCUCCCCCCACUCUUCGCGGUCAGCAGCACUCGUACAGCGGCGACGGAGAGGAGCAGAUUGGAGGAGCGCCGGUGGAAGUGAACGGAGACACGUUGAAAAGCCACCGGUCGGGGCGAAUGUCAGGAGGAGCGACGACAGGCAGACCGUCAGUGCCACCACCACAAGUGCCUCCUGCAUCUUCUUCCUCCUUCUCCUCCUCCUCCUCCGCCACCACCAACAACACGACCCCCACCAAAAUGGCCAACGGAGCCACCACCACUGCCUCCUCGCACGCUGGUUCCAAAGUGCCCCCGCGGAGGCCCCGGCAGCAGGUGGAGCGGGUGCCCUUGGAGCGGGUCAGCCGCGAGGCCUUGCUGGAGUGCGCCGAGUGCCUGAGCAGCGCUCUCCACGCCAGCUCCGAAAGCCCCUCCAGCAGCCAGGUGUUGGACGCUGGCCACCAGCUGCUAGACUACUGCUCAGGUUACGUGGACUGCAUCCCUCAGAUGAGGAACAAAUUUGCCUUUCGAGAGGCAGUGGGGAAGCUGGAGCUCAGCCUGCAGGAACUGAGGGCCUCAGGAGGAGGAGGAGGAGGCGGCGGGCCGGGCGGGGUGGGGUCCAACACUGUACUGGACAACCUACACGGCUGUAUUAAAGAGAUUAGUGACGUAGUACAGAGGUAGCCACUGUGACAACACAAAUCGUCAGCUCCAACUACCCGACAGAUCCCUUAUAUUCCCACUUAUUUUUUAGGUUUCCGGUUCUAUCGACAGCUUUCUGGGGGACGAAAAUGAGACGAAUCUCUAAAGUACCUCAAUCAAAUCACUACACAAUGUACUCUUUUUACUGUUUACAAAAAUCUGUUUCAUUAAAUGCCAGUGUGAACAUUAACUUUGCUCUAAACUGUACAUACUGAGAAAUGUUAUACCAAACUAAAUGGUUUAAGUCUCAUCAUGAAAUGUUUCGCCCCAGGUCUCCAUCCGGCCGCGGCCGAGGCUUCCUUUUUAAAUGAAUGUCGAGUGUGUCAGCUGUGUGUAGCCGGACCAGAGAGCAGGCGAAGCUCGCUCUGCCUAUCUGUCAGUCACAUAGACCAUCAUUAUUGAGAAUGCUGAAAAAAAAAACAAACAAACUGGAGCCUUGUUUCACAAACAUGUGACUCAUCAGCUGGCUGUUCCGUGUUUUGCUCUGUCUCUGGGGAACUGAGUGAAGUGACCAUAAGCCAUUUUAAGCCCAAUGUAAUAUAAAGGCUUGGAGCAGCAUGACGAUUCAGUAUGAAUCCAGGUUUGUGGGUCUCAAUUUAACAUUUCUAUUUUGUGGAGAGAAAGAGAGAGUUUCCUCACUCGUGUGAUGGAACUGUCCAAAGAUUUCAGCAAGACAACCUUUUUUUUUUUUUUUUUGACAGUGACAUUCCCACACGUCCACCCACGGUGAGACAGACUGAAGGGAUCACUCGCAUGAAUUACAAGUUGCGUGCAUUUGACAAGCGUGUAAAUAGGCUCAAGCGAAACGUUAAGUUCACGUUUCGGUCAUGCAAAACGCAGGCUUAUCAAAUCUGCAAAAGAUUUACAUGAAUCUGUUUGUUUCCCCACGAUACUGAAACGGAAUGAAUGGAUGUGGGUGUCUUCUCAUAUGCACAGCGUUUGUCCUCGCUUCCGUGACGUGUUUUAACACAGUGCCACAUAAAUGGGGGGGGUCAAUCCCUCGCGCCCUGAAGCAUUUCAGUAGUUAUGUCCAGUUAUCUUUGCACACCACAUUUCUUCCUUGUAUGACGGAGAGUAAAAGAAGUGGCGUGAGGGGAGGGAGAGCACAGGGUAGCGCAUGAGCAGGUGAACUGGGACAGUGUUUCUAUAAGUGUCCUUCUGAGUAUGGACAGAGCUGGAUUCCCUGUAGCCUCGUCGUGGCUUCAGUGCCUCAAAUUCUUCGAUGUAAGAACACUGCAAUAUGCAGAGACCUACUUUACACUAAUCACACAGUACUGAUCUCUCAACAAACAAAACUGCAGUAUGUCUUCAGCACAUGAGCGAUUUGUACAUUAUUUGGUUCAAAGUAAAAUGCUUUUUAGAAUGUCUAUGUAUGAACUUGAAUUUUAAAUUAUUGUUUUUUUUAAAGCACAGACCUAUUUUGAGAGAAAAGUUAUGUAAAUAUUUGAUUUAUUUCAUAUCCAGGAAACAAAAGAUUUAUGUGUGGUCACAGCAUAUAGAGCAAUGUUUUUGACUGAUGAGAUGUAUUGCAAAGACUGAGGCCCCUCCACCCAGAUCUGAAUAUCUGCUUUAUGAAUGUAUUAUUCUUCCGUUCUGAACCCGGCCGAAGGUUCAGAUGCAGACGCAUGACUUUUUAAUCUCUUAAGGUGCCAUAUUUUUUUAUUUAUUAUUAUGUUGUUGUUUUUUUUUUUUUUUAUUACAAUUACUGGCCCAUACUUUAAUUUUGGUCACACUAAAUAAUUAAGUCCAGAGAUCGCUGCUCUGUUUUCUGAGCACAAGCAAAACUGUGUACAGCACACGCAGCUCACAGAGUUUUAUCAUUUCGUUUGUUUGCCUUCAUCUUAAUGUACACUGGAUUAAGCCUCAGUCACGUUGGUUCAUUGACACACGUUUCAUAUGGACACUACAAAAUCUGUUAACACUGCAGGUCCGCAACACUUUCAAAAUGCCUGUUAUUGACACUUGAUUGAUCUGUCAGUUUUCUGUGGUGCAUCAUUCGAUGGUAGUCUGUGUCAUAGUGAGUUAGAGCCCGACCGAUACUGGAAACAGAUGGGACAAACUGCGGUGUCAUUGUUUACUUGCUUCUCAGCAAUGGGUUUUGCUAACUAUUUAAUGAUUGCACGUCCCACCGGCGGCGUACCUUUUACAGAGAUGCAGACCACAGCAACUGUGAUUCGUCCAGAAAUGCUUUUCCUUGUCUUCCAGUGACUGGACAGGCGCGGAUAGUUUGGCCUCCUUUUGCCUCGUGCGUAAUCUCAUACGUUUUCUCUUUUUUCUGUGUAGUGGUGAUUGCAAUAAAAGUAACUGUUCAUUAGCUCCGACUCCACAGUGAGCCGCUCGCUCCCAGCCACAGGCUACUGUUUACUGAGACACCAGGUACAAGUACAAAUGCUCACGACAUCGUAGGCUGUGGCGUAGGCUCAGCGUGGAAUCGUUGCAGGAGAUGUAAUCCACGGUCUGCUCAGCUGUGAUGACACAUUGUUACCUUUGCUGCAGUCAGUAACUGAAACAAAGGAGUUGAUGCGCGCUCAGCUGAACAAACUCUGUGGUUACACUAUUAUAAAUAACAUAUUUACCUACCUAUACACUGAUACUGAUAGGUUUCUAUGAUUGGCCAAUGUCAGCUGAACAAAUUAACUGAAAACAAUUGAAAUAUCGGUCGGGCUCUAGUAUAAAGUACCAAUUUCUUGCCAAACAGGGUGCUUUGAGACAAACGUAUUCAUUCUAAUUCACUGUGAGAGUAAAGUAACAUUUGUUUUUCAUGAUUCUUGGUGCCUUUUUAGAAAUGUAUGUGCGGAACACUAACAGGCAACGUUUAUGUCUCCUUUUCCAUGAGAUCGUGAUACGAUUAUCAUCGCAGCAUGCACGUCAUUUGGAGUUGAUCAUCGGAUGCAAAAUUGAAUGGUACACUUUUUUGAAAUGACAUAUUUAAAAAAAAAAAAAAAACAGUGACUAAGACUGCAUAUCCGUGGCUAUUAACACUUUUAGUGCAGCCACACUAGUAAAAUAACACACCGGUCUGCUGCACCAAACCCUUGCUGCUGCUUUGUCUCGUAAUCUGAUCACAGAAGAGUUCAUGUUGAUGAAUAGCACCAGUCUGGCCUCUUUCCAUUUGAGUUUCUGACUAUUUUUAUUUCCCAAAACGCCUUAUUAAAUAGUGAAAGAAAAUAAUGUAACCAUCCAGAAAGAUACACAUUUUAGCCUGGACUGUUUUUUUUUUUUUUUAAAGAAAUAAAAGGUGUUGACAUUCAAUCCACAAUUACAGUGUCCAUGAAAUAAUUUGGUACCAACUGUGAUUUAUUUUCUCUAUUAUCUCAAAUCUAGGCCAAUGCUGUUUUAAUAUUUGAAGAUUCUCAUUCUCAGUCUUUUACAUUGUCUUUAUUUAUGUCGCCUGCAUUUAUCCUGCAUAUCUGUUUUUCAUUUUCUCACAUCUCCCUGUUUCGGAGAACAGCUCUGGAGAAUGUGUGUACACAUCAUUAUACCAAAGGCCACUUCUUCAGUUGUAUGAGUGCAAUGUAAAAGUCAACACACACACACACACAGACACCAUAAUAAAAUAUGUGAAACUAAACAGGGAUGAAAAAUGGCAGAUGUUAACAUAAACUUUUUUAUUGUACAAAAUAUAUAUUUUGUGUUUUUUUUUAUUUAAAGCUCACGUUAUAUUACUGUGAAGUUCUGCUUAUCAGUGUUAAGCCUAUUGUAAAUAAUAAAGAUAUUGAUGAAUACUGUC